AUGUGUAUAAAACUAAAACGGCGCUUCUUGUGCGCUCCAGGCGUAUAUCACACAUGUGAGUACUUGAUCAAGUGUAGCAACCCAACCUUCAAUAUCGACCACCUCAUAUCUGGAACUAUCGCGGACGACAACCUGCCACUUUGCUUUCAAGAAGAGAACCUAGAAUUUCGCGAAGAAUGGUACUAUACCCCCACAGAUACCGCCCAGGAGGACGACAAUCGUGAACGGUGUCCCGAUUGCACAGGCGAGGGUGACGUGCCUCUGCGCGAGCCUGUCAAAGUUGGAACAAACCCGCAAGGCUCCCAAGAACCCGAUGAUGACGGCCCGAUGGCUACUAAGAGGCGGCGGGUCUACUUUGAGUUUUCCCGAAUGGCGAGGUCGGGGGGAAACUUUGCGAUGGAGUACUGUAAUAGCCUGCUGAUUUGGUUGUAUACGCGUAUGUUUUCCCGUCUUAGCAGCCUUUGUGAAGCUCUCCCCGACGCGGCGAUCGUACCGUCAGGGUGGGACGACGACGAUGAGGAACUCCAGUUAUUAGAGAUGGCCGAUGAUAUGGUGUAUCUUUUCAAUGAGCUGGUUUGCAGAGCGACCGCGUUUCACCCCAGUCCAUCGCGGUUGCUGCCGCGCGACGAUUAUCCACUAGACGAACAGGGCGGCGAGGACGAUGGCAUGGGCUUCGCAUUUCCCUCGAGUGGAUGCUCCUGCCGUCUCACAAAGAAACCGUUUCUCAACAACUGGGCGAGCCACAUCCGGCGCAAGCUGGCCAACGAGGCUUUUGCUGCCCUGAUGGCGGAUGGAAAUGGGGGCUUGGCCCAAGACCUAAGACCCGCCCUUCGACACCAGGAGGUCGUCUUUGCGCGACAAAAGGCCUUGCAGGCGGCCAUCGAGCGAGAUGAGCGUUUCAAGGCCGUCACCAGCCUGCCUGUGCUAGAGAUAAUACGUCCAAGCAUGUCAAGUCGGGUGUUUCGGUACUAUACCCUCACCCGCGACUGUGAUGCCCUUCUCAACCGCUGCCGGAGCGAGGGGAAGGCUCGGGCCCCAAGCGGUCUAUACAACCACCCAUUGGAGCAAACUGCCCGCGGUGAGCUUCUCACGUGGGCGCGCCUCAUCCUGGUCCAUGACAUCGGGAUCAGCCUAUCCCGCGCGCGCGACAUCCUCGCCGUCUUCGCGGGCCUCGUGGUCCGGUUCGACCCCCGCCCAAGCCCGUACUCCCAGGAGUCGCCCUUGCCGGCGCCGGAUCCCGUCGACUUUGCCCGGUGUAUCAAUGAGACGGUCAACGAGCACCCCACAGCUGUGACGGAGUGGGUCAGGGAAACCACCAAGCCAUUCAUUGAGGCCAGGGAUUUUGAACACCCCUUUGCCGACGCGGCGACCAGCUACAUCCAUCACGAGGUCUAUCGGUACUGGCUGAUCCGAGACAACCACAAGGAGGCCACGGAGGCUGAGUUUGACGCGCUGCGCCGAGCCGGUGACGACACAUGUCCUAUCUGCUUCGAGACGUUUGACGAGCACCUGCCGUCGACCCAGUACUCCUCGCGGCCGUGGCAGAACCUGGUUUGUUACGAGAAGGGGAGGGGCCAUUGGUGCGGCGCGGUGUGUCUGCUAAAAUUUGGUCGGGCGAUAUCGGAUGAUGUAACCGCUUUUGCCCCCAAUUCGGUCGCGGAGGGGCCGCCGCCAAGGUGUCCUUUGUGCAGAGAAGAGUUCCUGGGUAGCGAUGAGAGCUCAGAUAAAGCAGCUGAAAAGGAUAUUGCUGGAGCCGGAAAUCAGGAUGUAGUUAUGGGAGGAUAUGGCGGAGAUGCAGAUAACGCAGGCCCUGAGGAUGUAGACGUCGGAGAUCCGAUGGAAAUAUCCGAUGGAGAUUGA